CAGUGUCAAUGUCAAAAUCUGCCUGCAUUUCUGCAGCGAAAUGAACUAAUAUAUUAAUUAGGAAUAUGUUACAGUUACAGUAAGAUAACCUUUAAGUUCGAUUUCGUUACUUAAUUUGGUUUUAUAUAUUUUACUACUUAAGUAGAAGUAUUUUAGAAUGGGCACCUUACCUAAUUUUGCAGGGUUAACAAACAAGAACAUUUUCUUAGCGGAAUUUAAAGAACCAUAUGCUGAAAAAACUCUCCGCGAUGAAACUACAACCAACAUUCGCAGCCUCAUAUUCAGCCCAAAAGGCGGUUACCUGGCUUACCGCACUGAUAAAAGAGCUGAAAUAGUAAAAUGUUCAGACUGGUCUGUAGCGGGUUCAAUAGAGGGAAAUAUCAAGGACAUGUUGUUUUCCCCUCUGGACAACUAUUUCAUGGCUUGGGAAAUGUUUCUCAUGAAUAAAGAUAAUCCUCAAGGCAAGCCAAACUUGCAUGUUUAUAACGUCGCUAAGAAAGCUGUAGUUGCAUCUUUUACCCAGAAACUUCAAAGUGGUUGGGAGCCAAAGUGGUCAUCAGAUGAAAAGAUAUUUGCCAUACAAGCUGGUAAUAGAGUACAGAUUUAUGAAGAAGGCAGCUUCGAACGCUACAGCCACACUAUUAACGCCGAGAAGCUAAACUGCUUCAGUGUUGCCCCAAGCGCGGCUCCGACUUAUUACUUUUCUAUUUUUACACUGGGCAAAUCGGGGCAACCCUCGGUUUGGAAAGUGCUGCAAUACCCGCAUUUGGAAUUGGAAAAGGCAGUGGUCAGCAGGACUUGUUUCCAGGCAGACAAAGCUACUUUCUAUUGGAAUCGCCGCGGCACCAACAUUUUCACCCUCACACAAACUGAUGUGGACAAAACGGGUGGUUCGUACUACGGCAAACAGUCACUGUCAUACGGUGACGUAAAGGGGAAUGCGGGAAACAUGGUCUUUAAUAAGGAGGGUCCGAUCCACGCGAUAGCGUGGAACCCCGGCAACUGGAACGAGUGGCUGGCGGUGUACGGCCACGCCCCGGCCAAGGCCACCCUCUUCAAUGCCAAGUGUGACCCCCUAUUCGAGUUCGGGACGGGAGCCUGGAACACCAUCCAUUAUGCUCCCGACGGAAAUCAUGUUCUGCUGGGUGGGUUUGGUAACAUCGGCACGGGACACGUGGAGGUGUGGGACCCGCGCGGCUACAAGCGGCUCGGCAAGUGCGCGGCGCCCGACACCACGAGCCUGCAGUGGGACCCGCGCGGGGAGACCUUCCUCACCGCCACUACCUACCCGAGGCUCACGCAAGGCAACGGGUACAAGAUCUGGCAUUACACCGGAGUGCUGAUGCACCAGCGAGCGUGCGUCGACAAGGAGAACCUGCUGUCCAUCGGUUGGCAGCCGGGCUCGUACCCGAAGAGCGAGUUGUCCCGCGCCGCGCCGCGCGGCCUCGCGCCCGCUACACCCGCACCCGCCGCCGCCUACAGACCACCCGGCGCGCGCAACAAACCUUCCACCUUCACGCUGCACGAGCAUGAGAAGCCACAUCGACCCGGGGAGACCGUUAAUGCGGCCCCAUCGAAGCAGGCUCUAAAACAGAAGCAAAAGCGCGAAGCCCGCAAAGCGCGCACCGCCGAUGAGAAGGCCUCCGGCGAAGCGCCGCCGCCGGCCGAGCCAGGCGCGCCCGCGCGGGCUGCUUUCGUCUCUACCGGCGACCCGGAGAAGGAUAAAAAGAUCAAAAAUAUUAAUAAGAAACUGAGUGACAUCGAGAAGCUGAAGCAGCAGAAAACUGCGGGCAAGCCUCUCGAAAUCAACCAGAAAGCCAAGAUAGAGACCGAGGCAGCCUUGCUCAAGGAGUUGGCCCAACUCCGGUUAUGAUCGCAGCCGGACCCACGCCCCCGCGAUACCUGUUCCCGUUAGUGUUGACUACUUCUAUUCUCCGUAUGCUUCCAUAUACUAACGUAUGCGGAGUGAAAUCUGGACAAAGUUUUGAACAUGUAAAUAUAAACAAAAAAUUAAACUGAAAUUAUAUCCAACUGCCAAUUUAAAGUUUAUAUAUCUGUCAAUUAAUCCGGUAAGUUUCAUGGGCAUUGGAUUCUUUUUCUUCAAAUUGUGGUCAAUCUAGAAGAAGACCAUCGCGAAACUGUAAGUAAUUUCUCCACCACUAUUUUCAUAUGGCCGAAAGUGAAGAUAGUGAAACAUUUUGUGGAAGCGGGUUAGAGGUGAAUGUAUAUUUAUAAUAUUUUAACAUCCUUUUUCUUAAAAAAAAAAAACUACCGCUAGAACGUCUGGUUCAGGUAAACAUUCCAGCAUUAGCCAGUUUCCUGGGAGAGAUCGAUUAAAGAAAAUGACGGCUCGCUGAGUCGCAAAAUCUUACAGAGAGGUCAUGAGAUUAUUCAAAUGUGACAUUAAAACUGUUUAAAAUUAUCUUGAAAAUAUGUGCAUCGGCAAGCAUUCAAGAAAACAUAAGGUCACCGUAUCCGAAAAAAAAAAGUAACUGAAAAUGUGGGUACGUCAUACCAAAGAGGAUAUAAUAAGAUUAAUAAGAUGCGGUACUGUCAUAGUAAAUUUUGUAACCGCUGUAAAUUCACUGCC